AUGAAGGUGGUAAACCUCAAGCAAGCCAUCCUGCAGGCGUGGAAGGAGCGAUGGAGAGACUAUCAGUGGGCCAUCAACAUGAAGAAAUUUUUCCCCAAGGGAGCUACCUGGGACAUCCUUAAUCUGGCAGAAGCCCUGCUCGAGCAGGCCAUGAUUGGACCGUCCCCCAAUCCUCUCAUUCUGUCUUACUUGAAGUACGCUAUCAGCUCCCAGAUGGUGUCUUACUCAACAGUACUCACAGCCAUCAGCAAGUUUGAUGAUUUUUCCCGUGACCUCUGUAUCCAGGCCCUACUGGAUAUCAUGGACAUGUUUUGUGACCGGCUAAGUUGUCAUGGCAAGGCAGAGGAGUGCAUAGGUCUGUGCCAUGCCCUCCUCAGUGCCCUUCAUUGGCUGCUUCGAUGUACAACUGCCUCUGCAGAACGAUUUCGGAAAGGCCUUGAAAUGGGGGCCACAGAAGGGGAAAAACAACUAACCAUGUGUCUUCAGCAGCUUAACAAGCUCCUCAGCAGUACCAAGAAUCGAGCUCUGCUAUAUAUUGCCAAACUGGAGGAAGCCUCCUCCUGGACAGCCAUUGAGCAGUCACUGUUGAAACUUGGGGAAACCUUUGCCAGCCUUAGCAAUUGCCAUCUUCAGAGUCAAGCAGAAGAGUGUGGAGCUCUCAUUAGAAGCAUUCCCAUCAUGUUAUCUAUGCAUUCAGAGCAGCUGCACAAGACUGGGUUCCCCACAGUGCAUGCUAUGAUCCUCCUGGAGGGCACCAUGAACCUGACAGGAGAGAUGCAGCCAUUGGUGGAACAGCUGAUGAUGGUGAAGAGGAUGCAGCAUAUUCCCUCUCCACUUUUUGUCCUCGAGAUCUGGAAAGCUUGUUUUGUUGGACUCACUGAAUCUCCUGAGGGCACUGAGGAGCUCAAGUGGACAGCCUUUACUUUUCUGAAGAUUCCUCAGGUUUUGGUGAAACUGAAGAAAUAUCCUCAGGGGGACAAGGACUUCACAGAAGAUGUCAAUUGUGCCUUUGAAUUCUUGCUGAAGCUCACACCCUUGCUAGAAAAGGCUGACCAGCGUUGCAACUGUGAUUGUAUCAACCUGCUACUCCAGGAGUGUAGUAAACAAGGACUGCUCUCUGAUAUGAACACAAGCAGCCUGAUGGCCAAGCGUACAGCUGACCGAGAACAUGCCCCUUGGUUGAAAUCAGCUGAAAAUGCCAACAUCCAGCCCAAUCCAGGAUUGAUUCUUCGAGCAGAGCCCAUAGUCACUAACAUUCUCAAGACAUUGGAUGCACAUCACUCUAAGUCUCCAGAAGGGCUUUUGGGGGUUCUUGGUCAUAUGCUUUCUGGGAAGAACCUGGAUUUGCUUUUAGCUGCUGCUGCAGCCACUGGAAAACUCACGUCCUUUGCCCGAAAACUCAUUAGUUUGAAUGAAUUCACAAAGCACAUAAAUGCUGAAAACUCCAAAGCAGCUUCAGUCCGUGCACUUCUCUUUGACAUCUCCUUUCUCAUGUUGUGUCAUGUGGCCCAGACCUAUGGUUCAGAGGUCAUUCUGUCAGAAUCAAGCUCUGUGGGUGAAGUACCCUUCUUUGAGACCUGGAUGCAGACCUGUAUGCCUGAGGAGGGCAAGAUCCUGAAUCCUGACCACCCCUGCCUCCGGCCUGAUUCCACCAAGGUGGAAUCACUGGUGGCCCUGCUCAAUAACUCUUCUGAAAUGAAGCUAGCACAGAUGAAAUGGCAGGAGGCCUGUCUCAGCAUCUCAGCUGCCAUCUUGGAGAUUCUGAAUGCCUGGGAGAAUGGAAUCCUGGCUUUUGAGUCCAUCCAGAAAAUCACAGACAACAUCAAGGGCAAGGUGUGUAGCUUGGCGGUGUGUGCUGUUGCUUGGCUCGUGGCCCAUGUCCGCAUGCUAGACCUGGAUGAACGUGAGAAAUCACUGCAGAUGAUUCGCCAACUGGUUGGGCCUCUCUACAGUGAGAAUACCCUGCAGUUUUACAAUGAGAGGGUGGUGAUAAUGAGCUCAAUCCUGGAGCACAUGUGUGCUGAUGUUCUACAGCAAACAGCCACUCAGAUCAAGUUCCCAACUACUGGCACAGAUACAAUGCCUUAUAGGAACCUCCUGCCCCCCAAAAGACCUAUUAAAGAGGUGCUGACUGGCAUCUUUGCAGAAGUUCUGGAGAAGGGCUGGGUUGAUAGCCGGUCCAUCCAUGUCUUUGACACCCUGUUGCAUAUGGGUGGUGUUUACUGGUUCUGCAACAACUUGGUCAAGGAGCUGCUGAAGGAGACUCGAAAGGAGUAUACCCUACGAGCUGUGGAGCUGCUCUAUUCCAUUUUCUGCCUAGACAUGCAGCAAGUCACCCUGAUCUUGCUGGGCCACAUCCUUCCUAACCUUCUUACAGACUCUGCCAAAUGGCAUAGCCUGGUGGAUCCUCCGGGCAGAGCCCUGGCCAAGCUGGCAGUAUGGUGUGCCCUAAGCUCAUACUCUUCUCACAAGGGGCAGGCAUCUUCCCGACAGAAGAAGAGGCAACGUGAGGACAUUGAGGACUACAUCAGCCUCUCCCCCCUGGAUGAUACACAGCCUUCAAAGUUGAUGCGACUUCUGAGUUCAAAUGAGGAUGAUGCCAUUGUUCUCUCUAGUCCCACUGACAGGUCCAUGAGCAGUUCUCUGUCAGCCUCUCAGCUACACACAGUCAAUAUGAGGGACCCUCUGAACCGAGUCCUUGCAAACCUGUUCCUGCAAAUCUCCUCCAUCUUGGGGGCCAGGACAGUAGGUCCUCACACCCAGUUUGUGCAGUGGUUCAUGGAGGAGUGUGUGGAUUGCCUGGAGCAGAGCAGCAGAGGCAGCAUCCUGCAGUUCAUGCCUUUCAUAACGGUGUCAGAAUUGGUCAAGGUGUCAGCUAUGUCUAGCCCCAAGGUCGUUCUGGCCAUCACAGACCUCAGCCUCCCUCUGGGCCGACGAGUAGCUGCCAAAGCCAUUGCUGCACUCUGA